AUGCCUCCUGCAUCAUCCAAGCCAGUGGGGCAGACUUUACUGCUAUCUCCGCCGUCACUAUCCUCACGUCCGGAAACACUAGAGAGCAUCAUCUAUUCACAAUAUGACUCCAGCACAACCGACUUGCAAAUGCUCGACCGUCUAGCUUUCGGCCUUGUAUCUUUACCGCCGUCGAAAUACGACAGAGUUUUAUUCUUGGCCGAUGCUGAUGGUUCAUAUCGUGAAGUUCAUGCGCUCGCUGAACGCGGUGUGCUUAGGAAAAUUGCCGAGUCGCUUAAACCAGGAGGCCGCCUAUGCAGUCAAAAUGGAACAAAUGGGUUACAGGGAGACAUCUAUCGAACAGAGGCCAUACUUGCAGGACUUGUUGGUGAUGAAAGUGGCGGUUUUGUGAAACCAGAUUUUGGCGACCAGCAUUCAGUGCCCCUGCGGGUUGGAGCAAAGAAGCCGAAGAAAAUGGCAAUAGAAAAUGGCCAGGCAGUUAUACAACAGCUAAAGACAGCAUCUCAAGCAGCCCGCGAGAGCAAUCGCUACAAGGGAACAGGCCAAACUCAUGCCAGCAGCUUUAUCGACUUCGCCGAUGACUUUGUCGUCGCCGUGGCAGAUAACACGGGCACAGGGCGCCCUGAUAGUGGGCUCAUUGAUGAAAAUGGCAUUCUCGAUGAAAGCGACAUGGGCCAGCCAAUUAUCCAACCGCCAGAAUGUCGGCCGAAGGCUGGGAAACGCCGAAGAGCCUGUAAAGACUGCACCUGUGGACUUGCACAGAAGCUCGAGGAGGAGGAUGCAAUACGACGUACCAAUGCGGAUAGAGAGCUAAAUUCUAUGAAACUGAAACGCAAUGAUCUGGCAGAAGUUGAUUUUACUGUGCAAGGAAAGGUCGGUAGCUGCGGAAAUUGCGCACUGGGGGAUGCUUUCCGCUGUGACGGUUGCCCUUACAUUGGUCUUCCAGCUUUUAAGCCUGGUGAAGAGGUAAGACUAUUGACGAACGAUGUCCAACUGUGA